GUGUAUGACUCCAGAAAAGACGGUCAAGUUGUCCUUUCCAGAGUAUGUGUUGCACACAGACUCUGAACUUGAACAAGUCCGAAAACAAUACUUUGAGUUAGCGAAAAAAGGCGAGGAGGGCAACUUUGAAAUGUCCAAGGACCUGAGAUGUCGACUCAUCCGAAACACUAUGACAAGCAUGAUUGCAAUCCUGAGGGCAAAAGGUGAUGGGGAUUCAGACAGAUACCCUUCGAAACCAGAAGUAACAGCGAUGGCCAAGAGAAUAGUCCAGUACUACCCCAUGCUCCAGGACAAAGGCAGCAAGAAGACAUCGUGGAUCACAGUGUACGCACAACUGUACAAAAGACUCCAAAAUGUGAGAUCCCCUCAAAAGGCGAGUCCAGGUGGAAGUCAGCCAAAGAAGCGUCGUGUUGGCCAACGAAGUGACACCGAUGAUUCAACUGACUCAACCAUUAUUUUGGAUCGCUCCUCAGAUGAAGGUGUCCUCCAGGAUUUAGGACACAAAGAAAGAGAAUUUCACAGUCCAGACACUGGAAGCCAAGCGACCACACCCACCAGGAGUUUGUCGCCGGCUGUCUCUAAUAAGCCUGCAGAUGUCAGUCCUCCAAAAAGGGACAGUCCAGCAAUCAUGGCCAAGCACUACAAGACCCUCCAGGCUUUGUAUAAGAAAAAGAAACCAAACCACGAGUCUGUCUCUCAGCUCCUGGACUUGGAAUUUCCAGCCAGACGAGCAUUCAUUGAUUCUGAUGCAAUUAGUGAGGAGAACAGACCUGGACAAAUUCUGGAGGCAUAUCCUUGUUUUAAGGAAAUUGGACAUGUGAUGGAAGAGCUUCGGCGCAUCUUGGACAAGGACAACACCCAAUACAUCAACCAGGUGAAGGAAAGAUGGCACGACUUCUCCCAGAACGUGCAGUUUUUUGGGAUGUGGAAAAAGCUGCUGAAAUCCCCAAUGGGAAUGGAGAAAACUGAACAGGCUGUUGGAAUCCUUCGUUUGCUGCCAUUGUUGUUCCCCUCUGGAUCUGCUCCGGUUAAGAAACGUGGAGAUCCAAGUGAAGCUCUUGUGCAUGUUCUUGAGGACAAUGAAGACCCCGGCACCUACUUGACGAAGCGCCCUCUCUCCUGUCCAGUGCUGAUUGUGAGUCCAUGCAACUGCCUCCUGGCCGUGGGAGAUGUGCCAGUGACGACGUUCCCAAAAGAGCAGGUCACCGAGGGUGCUUUACACCUCAUGGCCUACUAUUAUGCUCUACACCUCACUUACCCCAAGUGCAUAGCCACACUGCUUUCCAUCAUACAAACGGAGGUCCUUCAUGACGCCAUCCAUGAGAAAGACCUCACACCAGGUUACAAAAAGAGCCUGGCUGAAUGGAAAGAUUUUAUUGGCAAAUAGAGCAGAGCACCACUGUGAUGGCUAGUUAUUUGUGUUUGUAAAUAACGAGCCACAUGUUCAGACCCUGUUUUUGUUUUUCCCAUUGAUCAGACAAAUCACAAUGUUAUUUCAUUCUCUGUUGUGCUGGGGGUUUUUCGUUGUUUUUUUAUUACUGUGCAAAAAAAGCAAAUUUUCAGUUUGAUGUUCUAUUCAAGUUAUUAAUAAAGUGUUGUUCUAAAUGUGUUUUACAUGGUGUUUAUAUGGUAUAGU